AUGUUCAUGGCAUUCACCAUUUUGGCUUGUGUGGGAGGCGUCGCCUCAACCCAAUUCCCGGCUGAUCAGAUAAAAGCUAUCGUGAAUACUCACAACAAUUUCCGCUCUCAGCUGGCCAAGGGCACUUACAAAUCGAGGGCGGGUGUCACUUUCGCCGCCGCCACAAAUGUGCAAACGAUGGUCUGGAACAACACCCUUGCCAAGAGUGCGUCGACCUGUGCGGGCACUUCUCCCGGCUUGAAACACUCGGGAGCGGUUGGGGUUGACGAGAAUUUG